AGCGAUAUCAUCUCAUCCUAAGCUAGCUAUUAUAACUCGAUCAAACUGAUCAUCGCCAAUGGCGGUCAAGUCUCUAGUUCUUCUUGGUGUCGUACUAGCCUCGCUCCUGCUUCUCUCCGAGGAUGUAGCGGAUGCUAGAGAGCUUACAGAUGCUAAAGAGUCCAAGGAGAAGAAUGUGAAACCUGCAAGAGGGUCGGGCCUGCCUAAGGAAGAGAAAUGGGGAGGUGGAAACAAGCAUGAUGGAGGAUACGGAGACGGUGGAGGGUAUGGCGGUGGCGGGUACGGUAACGGUGGGGGAUAUGGAAAUAGUGGUGGAGGUUAUGGCUAUGGAGGUUAUGGAAACAAUGAUGGUGGGUAUGGUGGAGGAUACGGCAAUUCUGGGCAUGGUUACGACGGUGGAGGCUAUGGACCUGGAUAUGGUGGCGGGUAUGGCAAUGGCGGUGGAAAUGGUGGAUUUGGCAGCGGCUUUGGUGGGGGAUAUGGUGGUGGCGGCGGAUAUGGUGGAGGUGGAGGAUACGGUGGCGGUGGCGGUGGAGGUUACGGUGGAGGAUAUGGUGGCGGUGGCUAUCCUUGAUAUGGAUAUUUGCAAGAGGUCACAAUGGUUGGAACUAUGAAAACAACACUAGAUAUGUGUUUGUGUUUUAAUUAAGCAUCUGUGUUGUUAUGUGAUAUGGUUAAAUAAAAAAAUGGUCCUUAUGGUCGCGUUAUAGGAGCAAGGUCUGUAAGGUUGAGAAGUCAGGCGAGCAAGCCAACCUUGUGUUGUUUCUUAUUAUGUAUAAAAUAGAAGAUAUGUUUUAAAUUGUAAGUGGGCUUUGAUUAUUGAUUUUUCUUAAACACAGAGAGAUCUGUGUGCCUAUA